AUGGCCUGCGACAAUGCUGAGAGUCAGCACUGCUGCCUGACUUGGCAUCAUCUCCAGAAGGUGGCAGUGAAAGUAAUUGACAAGAAAAGAGCCAAAAAGGACACCUAUGUCACCAAGAAUCUGCGACGGGAAGGGCAGAUCCAACAAAUGAUCCGCCACCCGAACAUUGCUCAGCUGCUGGAUAUACUGGAAACAGAAAACAGCUACUACCUUGUCAUGGAGCUGUGCCCUGGUGGCAACUUGAUGCACAAGAUCUACGAGAAAAAAAGGCUUGAGGAGCACGAAGCACGCAAAUAUAUCCGGCAGCUUAUCCUGGCAGUUGAACAUCUUCAUCGGGCAGGAGUGGUUCACAGAGACUUGAAGAUAGAAAAUCUGCUGCUAGAUGAAGACAACAAUAUCAAGCUUAUUGACUUUGGAUUGAGCAACUGUGCAGGCAUCUUGGGUUAUUCUGAUCCAUUCAGCACCCAGUGUGGGAGCCCAGCAUAUGCAGCGCCUGAACUUCUGGCAAGGAAAAAAUACGGGCCUAAAAUAGAUGUUUGGUCCAUUGGGGUGAACAUGUAUGCAAUGUUGACUGGAACAUUACCCUUUACUGUGGAGCCAUUCAGCUUGAGAGCUUUAUACCAGAAAAUGGUAGACAAAGAAAUGAACCCUUUUCCCACCCAGCUCUCCACAGCGGCCAUAAACUUUCUACGAUCUCUACUAGAGCCAGAUCCUGCAAAGAGACCAAACAUCCAGCAGGCACUUGCAAAUCGAUGGCUUAAUGAGAACUACCCCGGGAGAGCACCUCCCAAUGUCACAUAUCCAAACAGAAUUCACCUUGAGGACAUCAGCCAAAGUGUGCUGCUCCAUAUGACUGAGAAGCUUGGCUACAAGAACAGCGAUGUCAUCAACACUGUGCUCUCAAACAGGGCAAGUCACACCCUUGCCAUCUACUUUCUUCUUAAUAAGAAGCUGGAGCGCUACUUGGCAAGCCUUAGGAAAUCUGAAGGCCAGGACAAUAUUUGCCACAAAAACCAACUAUACCAGAUAGAAAAAUACAAGACAAAUAAAGACUCCUAUGAGGACAAAAAACUCAAAGAACAAGAAAAGAAAGGGGAAAGUCUUCACCGUCAGCUCCCAAAGAAAACAGAGAAAAGUCCAGUUUCAUAUAGACAGCCUUCUUCCUGUCUUAUCUCACAGAUACAGAACACCAAGGCUCUGCUGAAGGACCGGAAAGUCACCAAGGCUGGAGGUUCGGAGAAAGACUCCAGCGGUGGGGUAAGCCCUUUCCACGAACCCCUGGCAACCAAGACAGGCUGUGUCACUUCCAGCUCCCUGGAGUACCUCGAAGUCCAGCAGCCGCCCCCCAGGACCCCUCGGCUCCUCAAGAGGCAGGAGUCCCCGCAGCAGGAGCCAGCCCGGCUCGGCAGCCGGGCAAAGGACUCUCCUCUCAUCCUGAAUAUCGUGCACUCCUUUGAGUCAGUCGACAGAGAGGACCAAAUAGACCAGGUUUCCCCCUCUCAUCAGUACAGGAUUUUAGGCUCUCCAAUGAAUUUCCCUUACAAAAGCUCAAGUGAAAGGACACUGUCCCCGCUUUUCCAGCCAGGGAGUACAUCCCCCAUCCACCCCACCCAAGUCUCUUUCACAUAUGAAGAAAAAGCAUAUCCAACAAAAGAAGAAGCAGUGUCCCCUACUCAACUGGUUUCCAACAACCCCUUGGGCAGCCCUAACUGUGUUAAAAGCAGAGGCAGAUUCCCCAUGAUGGGGAUUGGACAGAUGCUGCGGAAGAGGAACCAGACGAUGCAGUCGGCAAGCGACAAGCCACUGGAAGCAAGGAUGCCUCAGCUGCAGCAGAUGAGCCCCACGCAGAUUUCCUUCAAUGCAGCAGAUGCUGUCAGCGGCCAGUGUUAG